CUCUUCUUAUCCUUUGAGUGCUGGAUAGCUAUUUCUUAUAAAGUGCUUCACCAUUUUCUUAAGGAAGAAUCAUUUUCUAACAGGAGGAGGUAAUGGUGUUGGAGCGCAUUCUGCUGCAGACCAUCAAGUUCGACCUGCAGGUGGAGCACCCCUACCAGUUCCUGCUGCGCUAUGCCAAGCAGCUGAAAGGGGACAAAAACAAGGUGCAGAAGCUGGUUCAGAUGGCCUGGACCUUUGUGAACGACAGCCUGUGCACCAUGGUGGCCCUGCAGUGGGAGCCGCAGAUCAUCGCCGUGGCCGUUAUGUAUCUGGCUGGACGCCUCUCUAAGUUUGACAUCCAGGACUGGACCUCCAAGCAGUUGUCCCAGCGCUGGUGGGAGCAGUUUGUCCACGAUGUGCCUGUUGAGGUGCUUGAAGAUAUCUGCCACCAGAUCCUGGACCUGUAUUCUCAGGCCAAGCAGAAAAUUCCUGAUGGAGGGAUGGGGACAGCUGGAACCCCCCCCCAGCUUUCCCUCCUAUCCCCCCCUGCCCCACCGCAGGCCAAGAAGGCCUCCCCUCAGACCAGCCCCCGAUUACCAAGACCAGCCCAGCCAUCGCCAAAAGAUGACAGCAAGCCCAGCAAGCUGUCAAAUCUAGAACCUCCUCCACCUCCGGCCCCCCCUCCUCCUCCAGUCUCCAUAAACCCAGACCAUAAACCCCCUUCCUCCUAUCCACCAGCCUCGGAUCUCUCAUCCAGACCACCCCCCCCACCUUUACCCCAUUGCCCACCACCACCACCUCCUCCUCCCAUGGACCUCACCACCUCCAGCUCCCUGGUGUCCAGUGAAGGUUAUCAGAAGCUCCAGUCCAUGAUGAGGACAGAGGCCUCCUGUUACACCACUGCCCCCCCGGCCUGUUGUCCACCACUGGGCUUCCACCACUUCCCCCCUGGCACAACCCCCUUCCACACCCCCCCACUCUCAGCCUAUAGCUACCUGCUGGCUCCUCCUCCCUCAGUCAUUGGGAUGGCACCUAUUUUAAAUAGUGGGUACCCCCCCCCACCAACAACUGCUGGACACAAUCAACUGCCUCCUGGGAUGCCGCCAGUCAAUGGGCUGAGUCGGGGUACUUGGAUGAGAUGAGGAUCAAUACAAUCCCUGUAAAGGCAGCUUUAGUGAUAUGAAUGCUCUGUGUUAAAGGAGACAUGGAGGAUUGUAAAAUACAUGUGUAGCUUUAGCUCUCUUUUUUGCACAUUAUGUCAUUACAUUCUGUCAUGUUUUAAUGUAGACAGUUUACACAUCCGUUUUAUCUUCUAAAAUGUCUAUAAUCGCCUGGUGUCCUAUUGACAUAUUUUGGAUGUUCAAUAGCACAACACUUUCACUGUUAUCUUUCCAUACGCCUAAUCAAGAGAACGCAGUACUGUAACGACAGCUUUCCCCCUAUUCUAGUAGGGGUCUAGUAAGGCUAGUCUGUAAACGGCUAUGCAUUUCACAACUGCCAAUUCAAUUCAAACAGAUUAGUUUCCUUUGUCAAAUAUCUUUCUACUGGUAUAUGAUGAAAAGGAAACUCUGGAAAAGAUCAUUUUUGUAAGGAUGUAAUGUUGUGAAUACAUAGGCACACUUUUUCAAAAAUGCUUCUAUUUAAACUUAUUUUUUGUUCAUAAUAAAAACCUGAAAAACCA